AGGGACUUGCGGCUUUAGACAAAAAGAAGGUAGCAGCGCUUGCGUUUGUUCCCACUGAAGUGAAUUUCAAUAUACUACAAAUCGUUUCUUCUCUUUAUCUCCUCUUACAAAUCGCACGGAAUUCCACCGUCGAUACAGGAUCGUGGGGCUGAGGAGGGAAUAAAGAGCCAACAUGAUAACAUCCGCAGCUGGAAUUAUAUCACUCCUUGAUGAGGAGGAGCCUCAGCUCAAGGAGUUUGCACUGCAGAAGCUCAAUGCCAUUGUAAAUGACUUCUGGGCAGAGAUUUCUGGAUCCGUAGAUAAAAUCGAGGUCCUGUAUGAAGAUGAGACGUUUCGCAGCAGAGCGUUUGCUGCUCUGGUGGCCUCUAAGGUUUUCUACCACCUCGGAGCCUUUGAGGAAUCUCUGAACUACGCUCUCGGUGCUGGAGAUCUCUUCAAUGUGACUGAUGAUUCAGAAUAUGUGGAGACCAUCAUUGCCACCACCAAGUGUAUCUCGAUGGAUUUACAGGUAGAGUCAGCAGAGAGAGAUAGGAGACAUCUCGUCCUAUACCCAUCCGACGCACCUGGGACUACGAUUGUUCGUCAUGGUGGCGCCCUUGGCCUUGGCUUGGCUGCGCUGGGAACAGCCAGACAGGAUGUUUACGACCUCCUCAAGUCCAACCUCUACCAGGAUGAUGCUGUUACUGGUGAAGCGGCAGGCUUGGCUCUGGGUCUGGUCAUGCUGGGCUCCAAGUCAGCCCAGGCCAUCGAGGACAUGGUGGGCUACGCUCAGGAGACGCAGCACGAGAAGAUCCUGCGUGGCCUGGCAGUGGGAAUCGCCAUGGUGAUGUACGGACGCAUGGAGGAGGCUGAUACACUCAUUGAAAGCCUCUGCAGAGACAAGGACCCCAUUCUGCGGCGCUCUGGUAUGUACUCAGUGGGAAUGGCCUACUGCGGCUCCGGGAACAACAAGGCCAUCCGACGCCUGCUUCAUGUCGCUGUGAGUGAUGUGAAUGAUGACGUCAGAAGGGCUGCUGUCGAGUCCAUUGGCUUCAUCUUGUUCAGGACCCCUGAGCAGUGUCCCAGUGUGGUGUCACUACUGUCAGAGAGCUACAACCCUCAUGUGCGCUGUGGGGCGGCCAUGGCCCUGGGCAUCUGCUGUGCUGGGACCGGCAACAAGGAGGCCAUCAAUCUGCUUGAGCCCAUGACCAACGACCCGGUGAAUUAUGUGAGGCAGGGCGCCCUCAUUGCCUCUGCGCUCAUCAUGGUCCAGCAGACCGAAGUCACCUGUCCCAAGGUGAACCAGUUCAGGCAGCUUUAUUCGAAAGUGAUCAACGACAAGCAUGAUGACGUUAUGGCCAAGUUUGGAGCCAUCCUGGCCCAGGGAAUCCUCGAUGCAGGUGGACGUAACAUGACCAUCUCUCUGCAGUCCAGGACGGGUCACACUCACAUGCCAACAGUGGUCGGCCUGCUGGUCUUCACCCAGUUCUGGUUCUGGUUCCCCCUCUCCCACUUCCUGUCAUUGGCCUUCACACCAACUGCUAUUAUCGGCCUCAACAAGGACCUUAAGAUGCCCAAGGUGCAGUAUCGCUCUAACUGUAAGCCCUCCACCUUCGCCUACCCCCCAGCUCUGGAGGUUCCCAAGGAGAAGGAGAAGGAGAAGGUCUCCACGGCUGUUCUCUCCAUCACCGCCAAAGCCAAGAAGAAGGAGAAGGAGAAGAAGGAGAAGGAGGAGGAGAAGAUGGAGGUGGAGGUCCAGGAGGCAGAGAAGGAGAAGGAAAAAGAAAAGGAAAAAGAAAAGGAGAAGGAAAAAGAGAAGGAGAAGGAGAAAGAGAAAGAAAAGGAGAAGAAGGAUGAAGAAAAGGAGAAAGAAAAGGAGAAAGAGAAGAAGAAAGAGGCAGAGCCAAACUUCCAGUUCCUGGAGAACCCGGCCAGAGUGAUGCCGGCCCAGCUCAAAGUGCUCAUCAUGCCCGAGACCUGCCGCUACCAGCCCUUCAAACCGCUCAACACAGGCGGGAUCAUCAUCAUGAAAGACACCAGUGAGGAAGAGGAGGAGCUGGUGGAGCCCGUCUCCGCACACGGCCCCAAAAUCGAGGAGGAGGAGCAGGAGCCAGAGCCCCCCGAGCCCUUCGAGUACAUCGACGAGUAGGAGUGCUCUCACGGCAACGGCAUCGGGAGAAGUGGGGUGUCAGCAUGUUGGUCCAGCGUCUCCCUCUGUGCAUCCAGCUCUUCAUCCCCGCUUCACUUCCUCUUUUACACGUUUCUUUCCUGUUCUGCCGCCUCAUUAUCCAGACAGGGAAUGUUUUACACCCUCAAAUUGUAUAAUUUUCUGUCCGUACAAUAAAAAAUGAUAUAUAUUGGAAGCUG